CAGCAGGAGUCAUGCACUGGUCAAGACAUCCCGCCCAGUCUUGAUUAGAGGCCUACCUGGGCCUGGUGCCCCCUUAAUGGAAACAGCGGCGCGGUGGGGGGUGAUAGGCAGCAAGCACUCACCGGAGCAAGGUGACUGACAAAGGAGGCGUGCAGCAGCAGAGGGACGCGGACGUAUUUCUGCUUGGGUUUAAGGGCUUCAGCUGCGGGGUCAAAUAUGACGCCUCUGCUGCUUCUACAUGUGUUCUUUGUAAGCGUGUGCGCGGUUUCAGAGGUGGACGACGUGAAGAGCCGGGAGCAUUUGUUUCUGAACUCUCUGGGGCUUUCCGGGAAGCCCAAGCCUGGAGGAGGCCGCCGCCGGGUGCCCUCCACGCUGUGGAGGAUGUUCCGGAGGACGGAGGACGGCCAGGCCGCGGACGGUGACCCUUGCACGGUGUCCGAGUACGGCGUGCGCGGUAACAUCAUCCGAUACGUGCAAGACCAAGGCCGGCUGGUGUCUGGCUGGAGCAGUGACUGUCUGUCCUGUCUGGAGAAGCAGCUUUUCUUCAACAUGUCUGUCCUGCAGCCUGUGGAGCAGCUGUCUCUGGCUCAGCUGGAACUCAAGUUCCAGUGGAAGGUGUCGAGCUCAGCAGAGUUCCUGCUGGGCCCCCAGGCCCUCAGUGUGUCUCUGUAUAAAGUGACCAGAGUCACGCUAAGAGGUGCCAAUCGUGAAGUCAACCGCAGGCUCCUGCUGUCCCAGUCUGUGCAGCUUCGACCUGAACCUGCCUCGCUCGUACUGGACCUCACUUCCCUGGCAGAGAACUGGCGGAAACCGGGCCACAACUUUGGGUUGAUCUUAGAGCUGCUUCCGCACAACAUCGACCCCGAGGAGCUUCUUCCAUUCCGUCCGGGAAACUCCCUCCCGCUGGAACCAGCUAUCACCCUGCCAGAGAUCCAGGCCUCACUUGUGGCUGUAUCCCUCAACCCUCACCAGUGUCGCUCCAGACGAAGAAGAAGUGCUGUCCACCUCCCUGUGACACCAAGCAAUGUUUGCAAGCCACGUCGCCUUUACAUCGACUUCAAGGACGUUGGCUGGCAGGACUGGAUUAUAGCUCCACAGGGCUACAUGGCUAACUACUGCCAUGGCGAGUGCCCGUUUCCCCUCAGCGAGAGCCUCAACGGCACCAACCACGCCAUCCUGCAGACCCUCGUGCAUUCUCUGGACCCACACGGCACCCCUCAGCCCUGCUGCGUGCCCAUCCGCCUCUCGCCAAUCUCCAUGCUCUACUAUGACAACAAUGACAAUGUGGUGCUCAGACACUACCAGGACAUGGUGGUAGAUGAGUGUGGUUGUCGGUAAGACUGUUGGCCAUUUCUAAACGGCCAUAGGCGGUAAAAUAUCCACUUCUUCUGCAGGAGAUUCCAAUCCAGGACCAGGGUGCACAGGCUCAAGUGGUGGAGGUUAUGCAUUUUAUUUUUCUCAGAUUGUGUUUUAAUUUUAAAAUUUGUUUGUUGGCAAAGAUUUUGAAGAUGUGUGUUUGUUAUAAGGGUAAUGUGACUGUUGAUGGUGCUGUUCAUAAUAAAAUUUCAACAAAGCCACAUUGGUGGAUCAGAUUUAACUUAAUUAAAAUGAACUAUGUAGGUGUAUAGUAAUUGCAUAUAGUGUAAGGUGUACAGUAAUUUAGGUAUAUUAGGUAUUUAGGUAUAACUAAAUUGAGUGGGAUUUAAUGAGAUGAACUUGAAUAUGCUACACACUUGGUAAUAGUUAUGGUGCCCCCUUGUGGGCACAGUAGGAAGUGGGCUGUCUGAGGGAUUGGCUGGGUUGGAAACUGGACAUUUUAGCAGGGUUGUGGUAGAGGAUGCAGCAGGGGAAACUUCUUUGAGUGGGAAACCAACAGAGCAGAGGAGGUAAUAUUACAAGCUGAAAAUAGAUUUUUCAUCAUUGGUCACUGGUCAGUGAAUCACUGGUAGUGGAAGAAUCUUGUUUUUAUGAAUUUUGUGUCUUAUGAAGUUCUUGAUCAGUUGUGUAACUUAUGUUAAAAUAACUGAGAUUAGGGUUAACGUUUUGAUAAGGUUUGGACAAAAGUAGUUUGGCUCAAUGAAUGAGUUGGGAAGUGAGCUGACAGUUCAAGAGGUUGGAAAAUAGUGUCGUACUCUGCCACCACAGUCUCCAACCUCACUCAAUUUGUAGAGCAUCAUGAAAUUGACCUAACUUUUACAUAACUUUUUGUAGCUCUAGUCAUGAAAAUACUGCUGUAGCGAUAGAGCACGGAAGCUGGAAUAUGUCUCAUUAAGAUUCAUGGAAGUCACUCCAGACCUUGUAGUUUGACCGACACACACUCAGCUCCUCUACAGCCUCGCGCUCAGUGUUUCUCUUUGUCCCCUAAACAACAGAGAAACUAUGGAACAGGCUGUGUCCAUCCGUUUGACUGUCAACCAUGACAUCUCGGGUGACCUCUGACAUCCACUGGUUUUAUUAUGUCAUUGGCAUUGUCAUUACAGAUCAAAAUUUCUGUCUUUGAAAAGCCCUUAACUUAUAGCAAAAGUCCAACUGAUAAAAACUGUUGAAGAAAUCCAGUUAUUACAAAUUACAGUGAUUGGACUAAUGAGGGUGCUAUAAUUAAAGGCUAAUAUUGUAAGAUGAAUCUGUUGUACUCGCAUUUCAGGCACUUUAACUUUUGAAAAGCUGGAAUUGUCCGAGUUGGUUUGAUAGUUUGAGGUUUUUAGAUAGUCUAUCAUACUAAAUAAAUUGCUGUGCUAUGUACUCAUU